AUGGAUCGAUUCCGGAUGAUCUUCCAGUACUUUCAGUCUAAUUCAGAGUCAGUGACAAAUGGGAUUUGCGGGCUGCUAGCUCUGGCAAGUGUAAAGAUUUAUGCAUCCUUUGAGUUCAACUGCCCCUGCCUUGCUAAGUACAACAUGGCAUACGGCUUGGGAGUAAUGUUCAUCCCUCCAGUGGCGCUUUUUCUCUGUGGUCUCCUUGUCAACAGACAGUUUGUGGUGAUGCUUGAAGAGUGGAAAAGACCAGCUGGGGACAGGAAGAAGAAUCUUGCCAUUAUCAGGUAUAUGUGUUCCUCCAUCCUACAACGGGCCAUGAUUGCACCUGUUGUUUGGAUCAUAGUUACUCUCCUUGAUGGCAAGUGUUUUGUCUGUGCCUUCAGCAGUUCCAUCAACCCUGAUAAGUUUCCUGAUUUUGCCAUUAACAUCACAUCUUACGAUGAGGUGCUGCACUUGUUAUCCAAGGUCCCAUGCAAAGACGAUGUGCUCAUGAGGAAUAACACUUCCCGCAAGGCAGUAUCCAGGUACCUCAGAUGCUGGUCACAGGUACUUGGAUGGAGUAUACUGCUCAUCCUUAUAGUGAUAGCCUUCCUUGCCCGCUCUCUCAGGCCCUGCUUCAAUCAAGCUGCCUUCAUGCAGACUCGCUACUGGAGCAAUUACAUUGAUAUGGAACAAAAGCUAUUUGAUGAAAGUUGCUGUGAGCAUGCCCGGGAGUUUGCACACAAGUGCAUCCUCCAUUUCUUUGAGAGCAUGCAGAAAGAAAUCAAGCUAAGGCGGUUUAAUGUCCACAGAGAAGAAGACAAAGAGAAAGAAGAUGCAGAAGAUCAUUUGAGGGGAAUCACCAACCAGGAACAGAUGAACAAGCUUCUUCAGUGCUGGUACUCCAAGAAGCCUCCACUGGAUCUGAGCAAAGCCACACAGUGGCCAACUGUGGGCUCAGAGAGAACAUCAGCACCUUGGGCAAGCAGCAUGAGUAACAGGUGGCAUCCUCGGUCAGUGGCUGCAAGUGCCAGGCAAACAGAUGUUUAA